GUGCAACCUACUGCAUAUCUGUGCGGCGAUAUUGAUCCACGCUCAUGUGGUGUUUGUUCAAUAUUUUUUCCCUUUUUGACCGCGAGAAUGGAGAGGCUUGUUCGCUGGAGCUUAAUGGAUUGUUAUUAUACGGAGUAUAUACGGCCUGAGGUUGCUCGGUGAGGUGCGCAGGAUUAUUUUAUAAGUGCGCGCCAAUUAAAGAAGGAUUUCACGGUGUUGUUGGGGGAAAAUCAGCGAUCCAUUUAUCUUGCCAUGGUUUUCAUCGUGGUGUUGUAUUGAAGGCAGCAGUAGUAUUUUCAGGCCGGGUGACGUGCGUCGGGAAUGGGAUUAUGAAAGCGGAUAUGGCGUGAUGGGAAUAAUACGCCAGGCUGCAACGAGCGCGGGACGUUGAUUAUCUUUGGACGAGACACACACCAGCACACUGCAUAAACACUACACACCAUGGAUCCCUUUACGAUCGCCUGCCAGCAGGGCGACAUGGCCACGCUGGAGAACAUACUCAACACGGCGACGGCAUGCGAAACGAUCAAGAAACCGGACCGCAGCGGACGGACGUGUCUACACUACUGUGCGGAAUAUGCCCGGUUGGAAUGCGCCGACUACCUCAUUACCUUCCUAGGUGACCGGGAAUCCGGCAGCGUCCAGGCGUUCCUGGACCACCAGGACAACGAGGGCUUCACGGCGCUAAUUAUCGCCGUGAUCAACGGCCACCGGGCCAUGGUGCGCAGCCUGACCGCCAAGGGCGCUAAUGUCAAUCUGCACGACAAAGAACGCCAUACUGCCGUGCACUGGGCCACAGUGUGCAUGCAGCUGGAGUGUUUGGAUGAGUUGCUGAAUGGGUCGGCGGAAGCGUCGUUAGCGGAUAUCCACGGCGCCUAUCCGCUGCAUUAUGCCGCUCAAAUGAGCGCUGCCGGCAAGAGCACCGCGGCCGAUCCCGCUCCGUCGUCCGAGCCGAACAAUACCACCAACGGAUCCGCAUCUGCCGCUCCGGGGCUGGCAUUCCUGCGCCGGCUAAUUGGGGCCGGUGUGGCCGUGGAUGCGCUCGAUCAGGAUAAACGCACACCGCUCCUCUGGGCGGCCAGUUCCGGGAACAGCGAGGCGUGUCGUGUGCUGUUCAUGGCCGGCAGCAAUCCCAACCAGGGCGACAAGGACGGAUUGCGCGCCCUGCACUGCGCCGCCAGCCGCGGUCAUGUCGACUGCCUCACCGUCCUCCUGCAAGACUGCAACGCCGAGGUGGACGCCCGCGACCGCCACGAGUGUACGGCGCUGAUGUAUGCCGCCACGCUGGGCUACAUCGACUGCAUCGUGUGCCUGGCCAAGGCCGGCGCCGAUCCCAAUCAUCGCGAUCGCAAAGGUCGCAGUGCCGCUCAUUUGGCUGCAUCAAAAGGUCAGACGGAGAGCAUAAUCAAACUGGAGGAUCUGGGCGCUGAUAUCUGGUUACGCAAUCAUCGCGGGGAUCUGCCGCUGCAUGAGGCCGCGCAGGCCGGUUAUGUCGGCGUGAUGGACUUUCUGUUGUCGCGCAAGCCGACGGCGAUUAAUACGUGUAAUCGCGACGGACGCUCCUGUCUGCACAUUGCGGCUAUGACCAAGGAUAUGGCCCUGUGCCGGUUCCUGGUGGAGAAUCGCAUCAACGUAAAUCUGAUUAUGCACAAUUCCAAGAUGCAGUAUUUCACGGCGCUUGAUCUGGCCAUCGCCAAGGCCAACCCGGAAAUGGCCAAAUAUCUCCGCCUCAACGGCGCCACCGACGCCCAGCGCAUCACCCGCAACUCGGCUGCCCGCAUUCAGCGCAGCUUCCUCAAGCGGAAGGACGACGGCAGCCGCGGUGUGUCUUCAGAGACCACGCCCAUCCCCGAUCCUAACGGGAUCCUGGAAGAGGCCUUCGAGACCGGCAUCCGCUCCAUGUCUCAGGACUCCACUCCUUCGCGGCAAGCCAGUCUCCAAGUGCGGGACGACCCCGAGGAAACCGAGUACUCGUCCCUGGAAACCGACCCCACCGGCCAGCCCAUCCUUCCACGGGAGAUCGCCACCAGCCCGACAAUCAUCGGCUCGCUGACAGCACAGGAGCGCCGCUCGACCUACGAUGAUAUCAUGAACGCGUCGGUGUUGGAAGGGCUCUCGGAAACCCUCCGCGAUGACUCCAAACGGGGGUCGCUGACGUCCUCGGGACAGGAGCGGUCCUCCGGCUCCAGUGAGAAGCGCGGGUCGGUCACCUUGUCGGGACAGGAAAGGAUCACGGUGACCGAGAAACGGGGCUCGGUAACGUCGUUCACCGGCGGGAAGCGGGGUUCGGUUACCUCCGGGAUCACCAUGAAACCGGGUGUCAUCAGUUCGAAGUUAUCAUCGCCGCAUGUGCCGCUACGACAGACCAGCACCCCGGUCUUUGAGAUGUCGACGUUGACGUUGCAUAAUGACGACACUAGGAAGACCCAAUCGGCGCGAUCACCGCUGGUAAAAUACGAGACCGACUCGGACGAUGAUUUCAAGCAUCCCUCGCUGCGGACGAAGCACGCCGUCAGCCGGGAGGACAGCCCCAGCCCGACGCUGUCGGUGACGGAGAUAAUUGCCGGACGCGGUUUCACGGACGAACUGAAGCUCAUCGACACCGACCAGUCCUUCCCGCCCCGUCCACCCACCAUCCACACCCAGACCAGCCAGGUGUUCCAGCUCCCGGCCAAAUCCACCAGCGAAUUCGGCGCCCAGACCGACCCACCCCUGGAAGAUGAUCUUGUUCCCAGCCGCGGCUCUACGCCGCUGUCCAGCGCAUCCUCUCCCCAGGUACGGCCGGACACCAGUGAGCUAGCGGUGCAAGCCGUCCUCAACACGGAGGGCAAUUCCGUGGGCAUCCAGACCAAGAGCAAGGAGAUGACGUCGACGGGGAUUACUACCAAUACCCCGCGGCAGAUGCAGGAUUCGGCGGUGUCCGCACGCAGCGUCUACGCCCAGGAUUUCCAGGCACAGACCGGGGAAUCGGCACGGACCGGGCGCCGGCAGAUGGUGGACCGGGCCGCGUCGGCGCUCAGCAUUAAACUGUCCAGCCGGUAUGAACCGGUCGCCGAAUCGCUGAUGGAAGAACGCCAUCGUAUAGAGACGAAAGAUACCGGUGUGUCGGCACGAGUUCCGCCGGAAGUCCUCAACAUCGGCUCGUUACCGGAAAGGAAGCUGUCCGAUCAAAGUUCUGAGACUUCGCCGCAAAAACGGCCGCGGUUGCGGUGGGAUCAAACGGAAAGUUUCGAGGCCGACGAACCUGUGGUUGGGAAUAACACAUACUCCGAAGAAAUACCCCGCAGAAGUAGUAAAACCUCCGCCCCGAAAGCCAAGAUCUCACACGUUAGUUUCAAGAACUCUGUCUCGGAGCGCGGAACCUCGCGUCAAGCCAGCCUAGGCGAUAUUUCCGCGGACGAACGCGGUACGGAGGAUAACGACAUCUCCUCGGUGAUCGUGGAACGCGAUCUCCGCGAAGAGGAACCUUCGGAGCUCUACACCCGUUUUCGACCACCCACCCCGCGGGUGCGGCCGCUCAAGGAGAUCGAGAAGACGGUCCCGCCCAUCCGCACCACCCAACGGAAGACCGGGGCCGUGGCCAAAAUUGACAGCCUCCCGGCUAAGGUCAACGUCAACGGGUUCGCCCGCCGGAACAAAGAACCGGCCAAAUCCUCUCCAGAACCGGUGAACGGCGAGCGGAAAGUGGUUAAACAGAAGAUGCCGAUCAAGCCCAAGCUGCCGGUGGUGACGGUCCCGGUCGUGUCGCCCGAUCCCAACAUGCCCAAUAUCUCCAACAAGUUUUUGGCGUCCUUUCAGAAUACAUUAUACGAACUGGGUCCGCAGAGUGUUGUGAUGAAAUAUCUGGACAAUUUAACGAUGAUGCGGAAGAAGGAUACGAAGUACAAUGAGCCGGUGGUGCUGGCGAAGAUCAUUCCGAAAUACGUGAAAGAUAUGCAGAAUUUUGGCGGGCCGGAUUUAUCCAAGCAGGGCAAUGAUAGUGAAGUCAGUGCGGGGGAAUUGUUGCGGGAUGUGAAGACGUUUGACGACUGGCAGGAAUACCUUCUUGGGCAAUGGAAGAUUUCACGCAGCCUAACGAAUUCCGGGAAAACCAAUGCGACUUUCGUCGUCAGCCCGAACGAUGCCGCGUCCAAUACCGUUACCAUCAGCCGCAACGGCAGCUCGGUGUCCAAUCGGAGUCCGGGCAGUGUCAGUCUCAGCUUGCCUGAUAAGAACCAGUCUUCCACCACCACGCACUCGGCUGCCGGACGAGACGGGAAAGGUCUGAAGACCGUCACCACCCCGGUGUUUGACGGUCCCGUGCAGAGUCCGAUCGAGGGCAAGAGCGCCGGAUCCAAAGUGCCCACCCCACUGCAUCAUCCCUUUCCUUGGCGAUGAUUGGACGCUUUUCUUGCUCUCUCUCGCUGCUUUGUAACCUGUGCUCUUGGUCAAUCAAAUUUCCGUCGAAAUGGUGCUGAAUGUUUGCUCGCUUGCCGUUGACAUGUUUGCUUUCACCAAAAUUAACCUCGCAGUUUAAUUAACCGGAAUUAGCCUCGUUUAUCCUGGUUCCAAGUACCGUAUGUAUUGCCGUUUGGG